CCUCGACAAUGUUGCCAUGUGUUCGCUGGCUCCAGUCACUCCUCGCUCUGCUCUCCUCCACCAUGCCGACCUGGGGGCAAAACAGCUGCCCGAGCCGCUGCCUGUGCCCGGACCCCCACACCGUCAACUGCAGCGGCCGUGAGCUGAGCAGCCUGCCGGACCCCCUCCCCCUGGAUGUCCGCCGCCUCGUGCUCUCCGACAACUCCAUAACCGGGAUCCCCUCCGACUUCCUGAUCCUCUACAGCGACCUGGUCCACCUGGACCUCCGUAACAACCUGCUGUCGCGCAUCGAGCCCGGCACGCUCAGCACCUCCUCCCGGCUCGUCUUCCUGGACCUCAGCUGCAACAACCUGACGGAGAUCCCGCCGGGGACGUUCGGCGAGUCGCGCAGCCUCAUCAAGCUACGCCUAGGGAACAACUCGCUCCUGAGCAAGGUGAGCGAGGAUGCCUUCAAGGGCCUGACGUCCCUGUGGGAACUCGAGCUGCAGGGGAACGCCCUGUCCUGCCUGGAUGUCCGGGUGCUGAGCCGCCUCCCCUCGCUGCGGCGGGUCCGUCUGGAGGGGAACCCCUGGGUGUGUAACUGCAGCUUCAUCAAACUGUUCACAUGGCUGUCUGAGAACACGCUGAAGCUUCCUACAGGCAUGAAGGGCAUAGAGUGCAUAAUCUCCAAGAAUGAGAACCGGACAGACCUCAGCAGGCUCUCCAAGGAGAGCUUCCAGAAGUGUCGCGUGACCCCCAUGGAUUACAUCAUCGUCAUCUUCUCCGGUGUAGCAGUCUUAGUGGCCGGCAUUGUGGCCAGCUUCUUCCUGGCCACCACGGCCCACUGUUGUCAGCGCUGGAGUGAGACCAACAAGGGUGACAAUGACGAGAACGAUGCCUGAGAUGGGGACACAUCCGCAGAGUUGCCCCUGUCCUACCCACAGAACCUUCGACCCUGAUGCAGAGGACUGGGUGAGGCUGUGAAAGAGGAACCCACAACAUGUGAAUCGCACCCGAUGCACUGGGGGCUUUGUCUGCACAGACAGGUGUGUUCCAUUUUGGGCAAUUAGGUACGUGUAGAAGGAGACUACACAAUGUAGAGAAGGUAUUUAGGUUCCUUUGGCCGGUUUGAGAUCUUUCACAUUUUUUUUUUUUUUUAAAAUAAACAAUUUAUCCAGGCCUUACCGCAAAAACUGCCAGGGAGAGAUUACCUGAAAUCCCAAAAACGUCCUGCGAUUCCUCACAAUUUAGCGAUAGACAAUGAAAAGUCAUUGGAGCUCAUCUAUAAAGUAAGCACCAGCUUCUAAAGUAAGCCUGCAAUCCAGAAACACUUCGCAGAAUCAUUUAGUGACAUGCGAGUGUUUAGUGAGUUGGAAAAUGCUGAUAGUCAGAGACCAAGUGUGGUUUUCUAAUAGGCAUUGCAGGUGACUUUGUAGUGGAGGAAAAGUUUCCAAAGAGUGCCAGAUUUUAUAGUAUAUGUUUAUCUUUAUUUUCUUGACAAAACUACCUCUUCUUUUCUCCUUAAAAAUGUUUAGUAAAAGUGAUAAUCUAAUAUAAUUAGUCACAGAUUAGAAAUCUGUCCCAUUAAAAUGUGUCUAGAGUUUUUCAUCGCAUAAAUUAAAAAUACAAAAUAUCAAAUUAAAAAGAAAAAAGUGUCUGUUCAUUACUAAAUGUACUGUAAAAUCAAUCAUUUAAAGUAUAUGCUUAAAGCAGAUAUGCCUAAAACAUCUGGUCCAAUUUAGUGAGCGAUUUCUUUGAUGUGCAGAAAUGUUUGACUGUUUAGUGUCAUGCAUUCAUAAGAUGAAUCGAAACAAUGCUUUUUGGCUACUUUCUGUGCUGUUAUUUUAUUAAGAAAACAAUGGUGGCGAUGGGGAGGAGGUGGGUUGUUAGGCUGCAUCCUAAUUCAGGCGCUGCAUCUUUCAAAGGCGGCAUUCGAAGACCUAAUGUGUGACAGUGGUGUGACACGGCCAUCCCUUGUUGGCUACAAAUGCAGCCUAGACAUGCUUUAUUAUUAUACCGAGAUCCCAGGAUUCACUGCAUGAACUGUAUUGAAGGGUACAGCCAGGGUUCGAAUUACAAAGUGGCUUUCGGGGGAGCCGUAUUUACCGAUCCUCCCUGACUGACUUUAACGCUUUUGGUGCAUGUUCGGGCAUUUAAAACAAUAGGUUUACAGUAAACCUAUUGUUUACUUAGUAAACCGUUUACUUCAAAACGCAAGCGUCAGUCAGUGUUCACUGACAUGGUUUGAUUUUUUUUAUUAUUUUUUUUAUUUAACGUAAUUUUGAAAAGACAGAAGCCAGCGUUUUUUCAUUAUUCUACAUUAAGAUUUCAGUGAGAUAUAAACUGAAAUAGACGCGAAAAGUACGCUGUACAAUGCACUCGAACCCAGAAGGUUAAAGCACGUGAGCAGAGCAAUAUUAGGACCAUAAGACACAGGGACUAUUUCCCCCCACUUCUGGGGGAAAAAAAGUGCGUCUUAUGGUCCGAAAAAUACGGUAAUUUCAGUGCAGCGCCGCCACGCAUGGAUGGUCACAGCAGGAGACAGCGGAAAAUAGUAUUCGGAAAUAGUAAUGUAAUGAGCGAAUAAACACACAACAUUGACACAUUUUUAAUAUCAUUUAUUUCAGGAACCUUAAUGUACAGAAAAUCAAAAUCUAUAUGCGACACAAAAAAUGGAGAGUGUUUUAGAGCUCCCCCUAAAUGUCUCAAAGUAGGCUUUCAGGGGAGCCCAGGUCCUUUUCAGGGGAGCCGAGCUCCCCUUAGCUCCCCCGUAAUUCGAACCCUGGGUACAGCCUACAAAGGCUACACAGAUAUUAUCCUUUGAAGGAUGCAGCACCUGAAUUUUUACACAGCCUUACAGUGGCUGGGUUUAGAUGGGGAUUUUUGGGGUUACACAUGCUCCAGGAAGGGAAUCGGCUUGGCCGAAUAUCUUUGGUUGGAAAAAUGUCCUUUGUGUUGAGAACUUUGAGUUACUGAGUUUAACACUGUGUUCUGUGUCGUUUACUUGUGGUAUUUCACAUAGAAACCGUACCGACAGGUCUGGACUCCUAAAUGACUUUGUUUAUUCCUUCCAGAAAGAACAGAAGCAGCAGAGUCCUUGAUUUCCAAAGAGUAUGUUUGUUAGUUCUAUUCUAAGGGGUCAUCAGCAGCUAAUGGUGUCUCUGUGACAUUGAUUCUCGCUUGGGUGUAUCUGAAGCCCCACUGUCACAUGACUGGCAUCUAAUCUGGCUUUAUAGGAGGAGAAGGCCAAGCUCCAGUUCAGGAUGACAGCUCUACAUUUGUCAAAACUUCUUCAUGUCUGUUUGAAGUCCCCAACUGACAUACCAUCUCACUACAGAUUGGUCGGCAAGCCCCCAAAAAUUAAGUUGUUCAUAAAUUAUUUGCAUUUAAAGAAAAACAAGGCACAAAACGUAUAAUAAAUUCAGGUACAUAUAUGUUGUUACUUACGCUGGUGGUGCAGCAGACCCAUCAUAUAUCUGUAUCCAUCAUCUAAAGAGUUACAGUUCAGGUUGGCUUUCAUUUCUUAUUUUCACUGCUACUCUUGAUUGAUUUUCAAUAUGUCUCAUAUUUGCAGCAUGUUCAACGGUAUUACUGUACCUGACUUUUGGUCAUGCAUGUGCUACUUUAAAUCCUUUUUUUGCACAACAUUUUCAGAUGGGGUGUGGAUCCAUGCGCAUGAAACCGUGCUCUUGAAAUGUUUCUUCUUCUUCCAAGAUUAAAAUUAGCAAUAUUUAAGGGUUAAAAAGUGAUCCCGUUCACCUGAGUAAGGUGAUCAGUCUGUUUCAGAGGUGGAUAGUUCGGGUCCAGAAACGAAACAAAAUCUUGGUCUGGAUUUUUACCUUCUAGACCUGAACUAUCCACCUCUGAGACAGACUGAUUUUGAGGAUUAAACUAUAGCUUAAUGUUCAGAAGAAACAGCAAUGGUUAGCAGUUAGUCUGGUGACUAUGUAGCAAGGCAGGAGUUCCAAGAAGGGUCUUGUCCUUGUGUAAAGGCUCGCUUUGGAUGAAGUAGUCCGCUAAUCUUAUGACAGUAAUGAUAAUCGUUAUUCAAGGAAAGCUGGUGGUUAACAGCUAGAGUAGUAACAGGAGAAAGAAGGCUUUGUAUAAUCAUUUCCCUUUGGGUAAAACCAGACAGCGAUCCCACCCACUGUGGGUCUCAGAACCUCAUUUUUUUCACAGCAUGGAGUGAGGAGGGGCUGUUUUUUUUCACAAUGUUUACAGUCUAUUGCUUCUCUGAUGCUCAUGCUCAAAGCUGCUCUCAGUUUUCCAUCCUAUUGUACAGGUGGAUAUUUCAUUGGAACAACUGAAACUAAGAUUAUAGGAUUUCACUUAACUAUUCCCCAAAACACUAAGCCACAAUCCCCUUUCCACCACUCUUUCUUAAUAAAAAAAAAUCAAAAUCAACUAUUGAAAAAAAAUCAAUAUAACAUUCAUCAGGUUUAGUGCUCUGCUAGAGAAUGUUCUGAAUGCUGGAAUCAGCUUUGAUGCUUCAGAUGGCCAGAUUAACAGAGAAUCUACAAAACAACAUAGUGACACAUUAACAUUGGAAGGCACUUUUUCCUGAAAACAAGGGGACUUAAGUGUGAUUAUACAGCUGCAAAUCUGACAAGGAAAAUAGAUUUCUGUUCAGAUCCAACUAAACAGCACACAAAGUCCUGAAUUUAAUCUCUGGAUUAUUGCUUUAGUGAUUCUGGAACUAGUUCUUUGUAGAACCCGAAUAAAGUAUUUUAUUUUUUAUGUUAAUAGUGAAAUGCCAUUUGCUGGAAAAUGCUCUUAAAAUCCUACGUGCAGUGCAAUUUGCUAACCUUGCUCUCUGAAAUAACUACAUUUUGAGUAUGUCCUGUAUGUGAAUAUCAUUUUACAAUAAUAAUACUGUUGAAAGAAAAGUUAUUAACCUUUUAUACUUAUAUAUUCCACUUUAUACCAAAAUAAAAUUCUUUCUUGCUGAGGCAAAUAUAUGUCCUAAUAACUAUGCUAUGAACAUAAUGAACACUGUAAAAUGGUGGUAUACAUGUAUAUGUAUAUGCAUAGUUAUAAAAUUCAAAAUGACAAAAAUAAAUUUUUUCAAGAUA